AGAGAAUUUUAGGUUGGGCUACGGGAAGCGAUUUUAAGUAGUACAAGAUGAGGCGGCGACGCCGGACGCCGCUUACCUGGCUCGACGGUGGGCCGGGUUGACCGCGUUGGUUUGCGGAUAAAGUUGAGAUCGUGACUCCAAGAACAAGGAAACUACACUCUACAAGAUCGUUGUAGAUGUGAGGAAAAUAGCAACCCACAAGUUCUAUCUAUCACUACCUAAAAAUCCAACAUUACAACAACCAAGAAACCUCAGUAUAAGUACCUCUAGCUCUAGCUCUAGCUCUACCACUAUCUCUAUCGCUUUCGAUAUCGAUACAGCUUUCAUCAAAAAUACAAGAACUACCAAUUCACAACUACAAGAACCAAUACAACUAGUACCAACACCUCCAACGUGGCCGAAAAAAACCUCGUCCACAACCAUCCCGCCCAAAGAUGGCUCCGGAGAUUCAGACUGGGGCGCCGCCCAGGUCUCAGGACCUGGAAAAGGCUCAGGUGGCGGAAGCGCGAUUCGAUCGGAUCAUUCGACAGUUGAAGAAUCUUGCUUUGUUUGACAAACUGCAGAAGACAGACCGCUUGCACUUGAUUACAUUAAGGCUCAUUCAUGGUAAUUGAUUCAUCUUCUCCUUCACAUCAGAAGACCCAUUUUCAUCAUCCUUUCCUGAAGUCUCAAAUUCCAGAUGAAUAAGUCUCAAGUGUGUGAGUUGCUCUAAAAGAGAGGGCGGAAGUGGUCGAACUCUUCAACAUCUUGGAUCAGAAUAAUUCCGGUGAAAUUACCAGAGAAGAUUUGCUGAUCUUGGCGAGUAUUCCAGGAAGUAAAUUCACGGAAGUCCAUGUCAACAGUAUCAUGGAGGAUUGCGACCGAGAUGGGAAUGGCAUCAUCACGAUUGAAGAAAUGUUCAAGGCGGUUACGCAAGGAACCAUGGCGUAUACAGUCAUGCUGGACGAGGUCUCGGGUAGGCGCAUUCACGGCGCUAACGACGAGUGCUCUCGUGAGGCAUUACUGCGGUACAUGAAGCAUCAGUUCAACAAGGAUGAUGCCUGUUUCUCGUUGCCUUUUACAUUACGGCCUUACCGAGUAUGUAGUGUUGACUGUUGAAGUUGUCGUCAGACUCAAGAACUACAACUGAUUUGAAGAAUUAUCUUUUGGAACAUACUUCGUGCAUGAAGGUGUUCCAUCAAGGGCCAUACCAAUAUAUAUUAUAACUCCGCUAUAGGUCGUAUAGGAAGAUACAUAGAAGAUGUUUAGAAGUAGCAUAUCUGCCAGAUUUUUAGUAGAGAUGAACGAGAAGUCUCUCUGAAACCGAAACGGUAGUACGUAGUUGCCUUAAUAUUUUGUCUCUCUGAAACCGAAACGGUACGUAGUAAGUUGCCUUAAUGAAGAAACCGAAACGGUACUACGUAGUUCUUGCCUUAAUAUUUCCCCUCAUCUUCUAAUCUGCUUACUCUUCUUCGCGGUCUUCUUGUUUCUGAUUCAGAUCCAUCUGGAGAUUAGUUCGACGUUUCUAGUACACAGUGCAAUCCAAAACGAAAUUGACGGAGAGGGAGGCCGAACGAAUCACGAAGGGCCGUUCCUGAUGCGAGACGUCCAUGAUGUACUCUUUAUUGAUAUCGUCGGAGGGCUCCUCAUGUUUAUGUUUUGAUAUCCAGAUCAUAGGGCUCUUCAUGGUUAUGUUUUGAUAUCCAGAUCAUUAUGCUCCUCAUUGAAUGGUUCUGGUAUUUGGUAGCCUGAAUUUGAUCCUAAGGGAAAACAAGAAGAGAACCUUUAGGAUCAAACUCAGGCUAUACCAAAAAUACCAGAACCAUACCCUCAUGCUUUGAUAUCAUUAUCACUUCAUCAUUUUGGAUCUGGGGAUGCACAUGACGGUGAAAUUGAAAUUGUAGUGCUUUGCUUUCACGUGAAAAUUAUAGAUUUCAUCAUUUAUAUAUAUUUUUUGGGAAUUUUCACCAUUCAGACUCCGACUUUCUGGGACUGGUUCAACGCGUCAUUUGUCGCGUGUACCUUCAAGUCAGCAGCCUUCUGGCUCCCGGACUUCCCGGUGCCUGGAAGAAUAGGAACUUUCAAUUAAGGCUACUUGAGGAAAUCCAUUUACAUCUUCUUCCCCAGCAUCUUAGUCAACCUGUUUUGAAGGGAGAACUUGCUGCAAUAUUGUUUGUUUGUUGUAGAAUAACUUUCCGUUUCCUGAUUAGCUCACCAAGAAGAUGGAUUCUGCAAGGUCUAACUCAACCAAAUCGUCGGUGGUGUGGGGUUAUCGAAAGUGGAGACUAUUGCCGAAACCUGUGAGCAGGAUGAUUGGCUGCAAACGGUAUACGACGCAAGAGGAAAUGACGAGGCGAAAUUGCCGUGUUUAUGGCUUGUUGCGAGGUUUCGAGUGUACUAGCGCACCAGGUCACUAGAACUAGAAAGUAGAGAUAAUUCCCUAAAUUUGAGAUGCUAAAUCUGCGUCAGCAGGAUCGGUAUCUAAACGUUGGAACCUCACAGAAGAGACAGAGUCUCUAUCUUUCGAAGAAGUUAAACUUGCUACGUAGUUUUCUCAUCUCUCUAAUCUCCUAUUACAUGGAUUCGGCAGAGGUGGAGACGACGGAGUGGCUUUUUUAUCAAAUGCACGAAAAUGAUAUACGAGUGGUGAUAUCGGGCUUGAUAAAUUCGCAGUGGAUAAAUAUGGGAGUGACGUUGAUACGGAUAAAGUUCCUAUCCUACAACGCGCCGUACGGGCUCUUCACAAACACGCACCUGGAUAUAGCAUGGGAUAGGCAAGGGCUUUAUCGGAUACGGUAAUACAAGUUUUUCAGUGGACAACACCGUUCUACUAUAGAGGAUCUUUGACAAUCUUCAUGUAGAUAUUUGUUUUUCCAGUCCUCCAACAUAGAAACGUGAGAAGUACAAGAACAUUCAAAAUCGACGUCGACCGUCCUAAGUAGGACAUUUCCACCUUGCAAUAUAUCACCCAUUUAUCCAUCUCCAUCUCCAUCUCCAUCUCCAUCCCUCCCACAGAUACUACAUGACCUCUUUUGAGGCUGAUCCAUAUGCAAAGGGGUGGAAGGUGAUUAUAGAUUUGCUGUACGUGGCGUUGGUCUUGAAAAUGAUGUAUGCGGAGUCGAAGGAAAUGAUACCUGCGAUAAAAAACGGUUUGGAUGGUUUCCUGGACUACUGGGAGUUUUGGAAUGCCAUCGAUUGGCUGAGUAUUUUCACCGGUGUGGUCCUAUUGGCGAUGUGGCUUAGUAUGGUGGGAUCGAUCUCAGGAGGACUGCAGGCGGCGAUAAUAGGUAACUACUCUAACUACGUGCUUGGCAUGUACUGUCAUCAGUGUUUGGCUCCUGUGGUUUUAGCAUACUAUCAUCACCUUCAACUUCACGACAGGGCUGCCUCUCCAGCAAGUAGGAGAACCAAUGAGUUUGUAUAACCAAAAAAAAAAACUACUCACCCUGAGCUACUUCAAAAUUUUCCAUCACCUUAAAACGCUUGGCGGGCUUACUAGCUGGCUAAUUAGAUAACAGACAGAGAAUCUCUGCAGCCGGCAAGAAUCUUAAGACUGUGCCUCGGAGACGCAGACGAGCCUUCGCCUUCACCUUCACCUUCACGACAGGGCUGCCUUCCCAGCAAGUAGGAGAAGCCAUGAGUUUGGAUUCGUAUAUCAUCAACACUGGCGACUUUUUAACCCCGCAACAGAUGGAAGCGAACGCAGGGAUGUCUCUAUCCGAGUAUGCGGAGAAGUGUGAGGCGUUGCAUCUGGUAUAGAAUGAAGAAAGGGCAAAUUAUUGACUUAUUACGGGUUUGUGAAGUUAAAGUUAAACAAGCAACAAUCUAAUCCAAUCAUCAUUAUUACGGCUGAAGAAGAUCUUCCAUUUUCUCACGUUCCUCGUUGUUUUAGUAGACUCUCAACAUACAUCUCGUAUCGAAUAAACUUCAAAUUUUCUUGUGCUUGAACAACUACGACUAAUAUCAUAAUCACGAUAUUUACUAUACAACCUCUCACCCUCCAAUUAUCUGCAUGAAACUACACAUCUUGUUCGUCUUCACAACAGGAACUCGAUUCCAUAGUGGACAGCUACCACUUGUUUCGGUCUUUCAUUGCCGGCUACAUCUUAGUGAUGAUGAUGCGAUUUUUCAAGGCUUUUCGAGCGAAUCCGCGUCUAAACGUGGUGACGCAAACCAUUCUAGAGGGUUCAACCGAUAUCUCCCACUUUGCCGUGGUUUUCUUAAGGCGAGUUGUAGUCAUCUGAUCCGAAUCCGUAUCUAUCAGAAAAAUACCUGAAGCCUUGAAAAGUCUCGUCAACGUCAGUCUUCCCUCAACUAGCACAUGGAAAGAAAAAGCAGCUUUUGAGGGCGUUAGAUACGGUACUGUAGGCUUCAUUAAGUAUGUAGCUCUAAUCCCCUUGACGAUUUUCACGGCUUUCGUGCUUUGUGCGCAGGUGCUUUUCGGUUCGCGUGUGCGCGAAUUUUCAACGCUGGCAAGAGCAUACAACAUGGCCUUCCGAAUUCUCAUGGGUGAGUUCUUAUGAGGCUUGUUGGACUGUGUUUGUGAUGAGGGAAUGCAUGACUUCUUGAAAGUAGGAGGUUUCUAUUGAUUUUGUGUAGCUAGUGGUCGUAUUUCCGGGAUGAAAACGCAACUCCUCCACCCACGACUUCCUAUACCUGACGAAAUACUCGUCCACGUUACUUUUUUUCGUACUCAUCUAACACCUGAUUUCGAGGCGAUGGUGAAAGGUUCCGAUCUCGAUUAUCUCUAUGGAACGAUCUGGUUCUGGAUGUUCGAGACGCUGGUCUUUCUGAUCAUGUUUAAUAUGUUGCUAGCGAUUGUUAUGGACACCUACGCGAAGGUCUCUGGUAAAAAGGAAGGGAGUGAAACAAUGUUAUGGCGAAAAUGAAUGAGAUUCAAUGUUGUAGUCAUAGUCUUCAUAGUUCUUGUUCUAAGUGCUGUACAGUAGGUACUACUUGUACUUCUUGUAGUCUACACCUACUUCUCAUCGACGUUCUUCAUCUUCAUUCUCAUCGGGUGUUCGUACUGAGACAACUACCACCACCAGUUGUACUACUGCUAGUACAGGCGUGAUUGAACACCCAGCACCGCUCUAAUUAGAGUCGAACAGACUUUUUCGACAUACCGAAUGCUGCAGCUCACGAAGAAAGCAGGACACUUGAAUCUAUGGUACUCGUUGGCAGGCCUUUUACUUGAUGAAUGUCCUCGCUACUUAUAGAUACUUAUCGCUUUCGCUUUCGGUUUCGCAAUCUCUGAUUCUGAAAGAUUUAGAUUAAAUACUUAUCUAUGCAAGUUAAUUUACCAAAAGGUAUCUCAUCUGCGAGUUCGAGGACGAUGAUGAUCCUGCGCAUCCAGAAAAGGUUGUCUCAGUGCGUUCCCUACGUCGUGCCUUCCCGAAGAUGACAAAGCAUAAUGCUUAUGAAUCACGAUGAAGCAGCCUGCCCAUUUUUUGGGGCAUGCGUACUACAGAUGAACUACAACCUUGUAAAACAAUAUCUAAAUAGAGGUAGAGCGGGGGAGAAUCAACUAUAAUAAUAAGUCCACCUACUUGUAAAACAACAUCUGUAAAAAGAGGUAGCUAGGGAUUGGGAGGAUCAACUAUAAUUCAAGUAACAACAUCAAGAAGGAAAGCUUGAAUGUUACUGUUAGAUCUACGAUCUUCGUUCUCGGCUCUAACUCCCAGAAUUCUUGAUCCACAAAACGAUCGAGUUAUUGCAGGCAGAAGAGUCAGGCGCUGACGCAGUCACGUUGACGAUGGCGAUGAUUAUGGCAUGUGGCAUAUAGGUGGACAACACCGAGGUGAUUGAUAGAGUGAGAAGUUAGAAAGCAACAAACAUCAUGACUCCUCAGACACUGCCCAGGUCGAUAUCGACUUUAUUCGCGAAUAUAGACCGACAUCCAAUUUUUUUCUCUCUAACACCCAAAUGAUCACGAAAAGUCUGCAGUUUUCGAAGCGAACCUCAGAACAAAUGGAGUUGGUGUAUGCUGAGACCCUUUUAGCAAGGAAUCAGCGCAUCAACCUGGCCAUGAACCCGCAUCAGAGAGGGAUUGACGGAGCAGCAGGUGGAGUUGGGGCAGCGAAUGUUAUGGUUUUUGGGGUCACUUACAUUUUGAAGAUUGAGCAAACAUGAAAAUGAUGUGUCUUGACGUCAUCGAAUCUUCGACAGCCUCAUUACAGCACAUAUGAACAUGAAGCUAAUUUAAGUUUUUGAUUUCGUUCAUCGCUCGUGAUCGUGAUUUUUAUCCAAAAGCACAACCUCUAAGACCCCACUCCUAGCAGCAGCUGGCGGUGGGCAGCCAGCGGCAGCAGCUCAACAAGCCAUUAUGAUGCAACAGCAGAUGGCAGGUGGCGGAGUGUUUGAUCCGAAAGCGAUGAUCCGGACACAAAAGGAGGCACUAGCAGGAGGUGGGACGACAGUUACGAAUCGAGUUCCGUAAUGUUGUUGACAUAAUUAGAGUUUCUAUUAACAGGAUAAGCUUAACAACAAGCAACAAAAAGCUUGAUCCGAUCAUUAAGUAUACUAGAGUAGUUUAUAGACGCUGGGCACGCUGGGCUACGCUGGGUGGCUGGGCGGCCUCGCUGGGCACGCUGGGCGGCAACGCGGGGCACGCUGGGCGGCAACGCUGGGCACGCUGGGCGGGCGCUUGGAUAGCGCUUAGCGGACUUGAGGGCCACACAUUGGGCAUGCCGAGCCUGCGCGGCCGAUGUAUGUGCUUGCGCCGCGCUCCCGCGAGGACAAGGAAAGGCGGCGCGCCGCCUUCAAGGUUCAGGGCAGUGCUGCGCCAGUUUGCGCAGCAGCGGGCUGCGCGGCGCCUGCUCUGUUCAGGCUUGCACUCCGUCGCGCUGCACUGCGCUGGUCGAUGCGUGCAAUGCUGCGCCGCUCUUGUGCACAACGGUAAACUCGCCAGCGCCGUCGGCCUUGGCCUACGCUAGACUAGCACUACUGGCGGGGUUCUCAAGCGGGCGCCCGAAGGGCGCCCCGCAAUUGGAGACGCCCAGCGUGACGCUGGGCGCAGAAUUCGGAAGAUCUGGCACAUUUGGGUCGCCCAGCGACCCAGUGUGCCCAGCGUGCCCAGCCCAGCCAUGUUGGGAACCCUUAUAAACUGUUCUAGUAUACCUUUUUUACCUUUUUCUAUCUUUCCUAGGUAGGUCGUUGGCUCCACCACAAAUAUAGGAUUCCUUAGAAAGAAAAUCAUACAGUUUGGCAUUGCUGAACAUCACAAACUGAUUACAACAGAAGUCCUCUGUCAAGAACUAUUAUGAUGAAGCGAAGUACCUGAACCUGUACCACACUCCUGCCCGCUAUCUUUAUUUUCCAUCAUGAGCUCUAUUUCCCCUCUACCUCCUCCUCUAACCCAAGCGACAUGCGUGUGACGGAGUUGUUUGACUAUGUCAGGGACAGAAAUCAGUGGUUGGAUCAGAGGUUUAGCGAGAUGGAUAAGAGGUUUGAGAGGAUAGACCGAAAUGCAGGAGCCCUCGUCAUCUGGAUGGAUCAAAGCAAGAAGAAGGAAAUGACACUGGAGAAAAGUCAGGCGGGAAAGAAGCCGGGAGGUAUAUUUGUUCAUGUGAAAGCUGAGGUUAUUCAUCUUCAUCUGGAAAUGACAAGGAACCAAAAUAUACAGUAACAUAAACAUUUUUAGUUGAAAAUUUAUUUGAGGAUUCCUUUUGGAGACACCUGCUCGAACCAAAUCAUAUCUUCUUCUUUAGACCUUGACCUACACGAUCAUUUAGACCUUACCUACUAUCAUUUUUAAGAUUACCUGCUUACCUAGUCCUCUCCCUCCACCCCAACUCUAGAUCAAAAAGAGUCUGGAUCCGAUUGGCGACGUAUCCGCAAACUCGAAGAUCAAAUGGACGCUUUGCAGGCACAGAACGAGAGGGUCCUAGAAUUACUGGAAAGAACGCAAUACCGAGAGCCACCAAUCGUCCGGUCACCACAGAUACGAAGAGGGGGGGCUGGGUGAGGAAGUUAUACUUGGGUUUGGUUGGAGAAGAAAAUUUUUGAAGUAGAUGAUUCGAAGAGAAGGUCGAUCAUCGUGGAGAUCAGCAAAAAUUCUUCGAUAAUCGUGAUAAAAAUGUUGAUCAAGAAGCAGAAGCGAGGAGGAGUUCGAUGGAAUUUUACCAUUUGAGGUGCAUCGGGAGGCUUUCUUAGCGACGGUUGUGUCGUUGCGAGAGUAGGGCUUGCCGCUUUGCUUUUGCUUCACUAGCUCUACCUAAAACUGAACUGAUGGUCGUGUAAAUCUAAAUUAUUUUUUGCCUAGAUGAACUACUACUACAGAAAAUCCUACUUUCAAAGAAAAUCGAACUUAUUUUCAAGGUAAUAGCUACUUCCUAGAAAGACGUGUUUCGAAAGAUUAGAGUACACGAUCUCAAUUCUAUUUGUGAACAUGGUUGUAUUUGUAUAGUUUAGGUAAUGAGUAAGAAUAGUCUUUUUUAGUGAAUUUUUAUAUUAUUUACUACGAUCCAUCCUUUGUAUUUGUUUGCGUGUUCGUCAUGUAUGAACAGAAACUGGCAACAGUAGGUACUUACACAGAAAUUAAGUAAGAAAGGGAACCGGACUACAAUUGAUAGAAGGAAGCUAGAAGAAUUGCGACAAAUUAGGACAAGGACUGGUGUGGGAAGGUUGAAAAAGAUCUAGAUCAUUCAGGGUCUUCAGGACCUGCCUCUACGAGGUCCAGAGACCACUCAGGUCCGUCCGAGCAGUCCCUUUGCUCUUGAUGAAGUCCCACGUUAAAGGCGAGAGCAACGCUUCAUCUCUAUGGUGUUGGCUCUAGAUCCUGACAGGGACCAC